GACCUGGCAGCUCUCGGCCCCAGUGCUUGCCAGACACAAGCGCUCGGAGGCUCUGUGCCGCCAGGAUCCAGCAUGGCUUCCUUUUUCAUGGCAGCCAUGAAAAGCUUCAGGGGUGGAGGCGAGGAGCAGGAGGAACCCAAGGACGGGAAGAAGGCAGAGCUGCCCAACGGCAUGUCCCACGAGGAGUUUGAGGAAUACCAGCGGCAGCUGCUGGAGGAGAAGAUACAGCGGGACAAAGCCUUUGCACAUAAGAAGGCAGAAAGAGCCACUGUCCGGAUGCACCUUCGGGGGAAGUACCGCCUGCCACAGAGUGAACAGGAUGGUGCCCAGAUCCAAGUGGCUGGAGGAGAUGUGGAUCUCCCUGAGGAUCUGGCUGCGAUGGUGAAAGAGAAGGAAGAGGAGGAGGACGAAGGGUCAUACUCUUUCUUGGAGAAGCUGCAGGAGAUGGACUUGGAAGCCUUGAAAAGUAGAGCACAGGGCACAUUUGAUGAGGUGAAGGGGAAAUGCGUGCUGAUGUAAGCCCUUGUACUGCUGCCCAGCUGGCUUCCUGCUACGUGAGCCCAUGCUCAGGUUUGGGGCUCUGUCACCAGGUGAGAGCAGCUCGGUCAGGCAUGCAGGUGGGUCCGAGUCUCCCUUGGGGAUGUGGGUCCUCAGAGGUCUGGACAUUCAGGUUCAGGGAUACAAGGGCUAUUUAGGGCCCCAGCUCCCAGUGGUUUCAAUAGGAGUUUGAUGGCCAUGUAGAAAUGAUGCACUUUAAUGCUUAUGUGGGUCUGGGUCUUAGAUGCCAUGGAGCUGGGUGCCAUAUAAAAUACAGAAUAGCCUCCGGCUGCUCUCUCUUCUCCCUUAGCCGC